AUGUCGAUUGAGCAUGAAAUGAACAUCGAAAAUUUAAUAUCAUUAGUCCAAGAACGUCAGUCGCUUUAUGAUUACAAACACAAACAUUAUAGCAACAGAAACAUACAAGAACAAUUAUGGACAGAAAUAUCGGAUAUUCUAAAAAUACCAGCUAAUGAAUGCAAGGCAAAAUGGACCACGCUUCGAAAUUCAUUUUCAAGGCAGCUGCGUGAACAAAAAAAAUUGCCAUCUGGGUCCGGAGCAUCAUCAAGAAAAAGAAAAUGGUAUUUGUUUGAUAAUAUGUUGUUUCUCUCUGAUUACGUGUUGCAACACAAAAAAAUGGAAAGCAAUUUGAAUAGUUCCCAUAUAGAUAACUUAGAAAACGAUAGUUUCGUUGAAGAAUCUAUAGUGCUAGAUACUGAACAAAAUGUAGAAACAGUUGAACAAGAAGUGAUUUCACAAACAAUAGUUAAUGAAGAUGCAGAAAAUGAAAAAUCUAAUAAUGAACCAUUAUUUAAAAAACCAAGAACAAACAAAAAAAUGUUACCCAGUGAAAGAGUGGUGGAACCAAUGUUGGAAUUUCUAAAGACAAGAACUCAACCAAAAAAAAAUAAUGAGGAUACACCUGAACUUUCUUUUUUUAAAAGUAUUAUUCCAGAUUUUUUAAAAUUAAAUAAUAAAAAUCAACGUCAAUUCAAAAAAAUUGUAUUAAAUACCAUUGAUCAGCUUCUCGACAGCCAAGAAACGUCGUAUGAAAUGCCAAGAUACAAUAAUGCGCCACAUUCUAAUAUUAUACCUCAUUUAUCACCAGAUCAGCAGUUAAAUGCAAAUCAACAACCACAGCAAUUUAAUGCAAUUCAGUACAUUGCGAGUUCUCCAGAUUUCUCCUCGUCGGAUAGUUCAAGUUCUUAUAUUUUACAUUGA